AAUAGCAGCUGAUGCCAUACAUUUGUACCAUCAUGUUCAUCCCAGCUGUCAUACAUGUGAAGGUGAACAAGUUUGGGGAUCACUGAAUGGGAUGGCAUCCUCUACAGAUACUGGAUCUUGUGUAGUCUGUACAUAGUAAAUGGUGACUACAGAUAAUGGAAUACUAACUUUUACAGAUAUUGUGGAAAUUGUGCAGUGCCUUGUGUCGAAAUUUUUCUGGCAUGGGUCUGUGGUUUUCAACUAGUUUUUCCUUAAAAUCUAUCAGAUCGAAAUGGACAGGUACUUUUCGUGAAAGCGAGUCAUUACUUUCAGAACAAUUCGAACUUAAUACGGUCUCCUUGUUGGGGUUGGUGUAGUAGCAAACAUGAGGAACUUCAAUGACUUCGAGAUCCGUUUUGGAUGCAAAGGGUUUGUCUACACAAAGUGGUUCGUUUCUUUUGUGUGACUUUGCACACAGCUAGCGCAAUACGCUUCUGGGGACGCGGACAGGUGGCAAGUAACACCUCAGCAAGAAGCCCGGGAUGUUGAUCGGCUGCCAUCACCAUAUCAAGAGGCAGUCACUCACCAAAUGUUGCAGGGAAAUCUCCAGUUACAGAGUAUAGGAAGAGGCACACAGGAGAACCAGACAAGGACUGCCACCUUAGAAGCUCUUCUGCCAUCUGGACCAAAUGCAAUGUCUGAAGCAUCAGGGGAGAAGGCCAAUCAUUCUUUGGAAGACAAAGAAGAGGCAUUGGCCGGGCAAGGGGUUGGAAGACAAAGAAGAUGCAUUGGCCGGGCAAGGGGUUGGAAGACAAAGAAGAUGCAUUGGCCGGGCAAGGGGGAAGGAUUCGAACAUAAUACCUUUCCUUAGAACUGGAGUUUGGACACUUGAUCGAGUCCAGCUCCAAAGUCAAGCUCUGGGCCGAGCCCACUUGGUGAAAUUGGCCGGACUCUGUCCCGGUUCCGGUAACGAAGGACGGAGACGUGAAAGAAUGCUCUGAGUCAGGCUGCGUGGGACGGCCGGAUUUCAGGAGGAGGAGGACGACGACGUCCAUGAUCUGCGAGAAGAGGAAGAAGGAUGCAGAACCAGUACGAGCGUUGAAGAGCAGAUGGUAGCCUGGUAGGCCUCCCAUACAUUUCACGAUCUCCGUCGCCAUUUUAUCUCUGGAGCCGAACCUGCUAAGCAUGGUCAAGCACGGUUAGUCUGAAAGCAUUUGAACCGGCCACCGCCAUCAAUUCCCCUCAUUCGCACAGAUGGUGGAGACCAAGCAAUCACCGGCCAAAAGGCGCUGGAAGGCAGUUUGCCGCCGUCGCCGCGGCAGGCCGAGGGCAUCCUACCAGUCAUUAAAUCAGCUAGCGAGCUCGGGUGCCGCUGCACGGGAGCAGCGGCAGACGCGGGCAGCAAUCGUAGAGGACGCCGAGCAGCGGCAGACGCAGGCAGCAAUCGUAGAGGACGCCGAGCAGCAGCAGACGCAGGCAGCAAUCGUAGAGGACGCCACCUUCAUGACCGUGUGCAGCAACUGCAAAACGAUCUACGAGUACCAUUCCCCUGUCCUGGGUAAGCCAAUACGUUGCCGUCAUUGCCGAGAAGUUUUUGUUGCAGAGAGGACCACAUUGAGUACCGAGCUUGGUGGUGACGAUUUAAGCGUCAUCUCAUCAUCUUCGCAAGUUGGUGACAUUUCAACCCCAAUAUCGGCUUCACCUGUGCGACUGCAAAUGGAUGAACUGAACUCGAAUGAUCCAAGAAGAACAGAGAACCAUGGAACCACAAACUGUGGCGAAUUGAAGACGGGAUUAAGUAGCGAAGACUUGGCUGAUCAAAACUUUAACCAGGAAAGGCCGAUGGUGAAUCGGCCGCCGGUCGGUGAUGAGUAUUUUAAGCAAGGCCUUCGGUUCAUGGUGAAUGGUUUCUUCUCCCUGGCUAAAGCUGCUAAACCAGAGCAACUCCCUCAACUGAUGUCCUAUGGCAAAAUCAUUCUUCGCAAUUUUGCUGAUCUUGGUAUUGCAGAUUCCGGCUUCGGUGCACAUCUCAAUAGCUUGCAGCAGCAAGCCGCCGACGUUGCCUCACGCGAAUCGUUGGCUUCAAGUUCAAAGGCUUCACACGAUUCGCUUGUUGAUUUGUUGCGUGCAACUGAACGUGAGACUUUUGAGGCACGGCAAAAGAAGGCAGCCAUUGAUGGAGAAAUCAGUGAUUGCACCAGGCAGGUGGAGAGAAAAGAGGCAUCGCUAGCCGAGGCAAAGGAGAGGGAAGAGAUGGCCAGGAUAGCUAGAAUUCAAGUGGAAGAAGAGCUGGAAGGAGAGAAGGUGAAGCUGAUAGUGGCCGAAGCAUCAAGUGAGAAGGCCGCGCACGAUUUGGUAGGAAAAGAAGAAGCGUCAGCCAAGGCAAAGAAGAAGGUGAGCAGGGCUGAGGAGGAGUUGCAGGUGCAUAUGGAAGCACUCAAAGAGAGCAAGGCAAAGUGGACAACCCUUUGUUUGCAGGAACCUAAUUCGCAGGACUAGGUUCUAUGAUUGGAGAAAGCUUGUUUGAAUUUUAAGAAGGGCUCGUAGCAUCUUGUUCUUC